UGACACAUUGAGGAGGAAAACGUAAACAAAGGUUGUUUGUGGUGUUUUCUCAUAUAAAUCAGUGAAUUUCCAGCCAAUUCGAGAUGGCUCACUACAAAGGAGCAGCCAGUGAGGCGGGGCGCGCCAUGCAACUGAUGAAGAAGCGUGAAAUAGCGCAACAGGAGAUUGAGUUCAGGAAGAAAAAGAUUGAGGAAGAUUUGCGAGUGCACAACAUUGAGAAUAAAUUUGCUAGCCACUAUGAUGCAGUGGAGCAGCAGCUCAAGAGCUCCACCAUCGGUCUGGUCACGUUGGAUGAGAUGAAGGCCAAGCAGGAGGACAUUGUGCGGGAGCGCGAGAAGAAGUUGGCACAGAAGAAGGAGGAGAAGGAUAGGGAGAAGCUACGUGCUCUGGAGGCCAAACAGGCUGAGAAGAACAAGCAGCAGAAGCAAAUCCAGGCGCUGUCUUUCAAUUUAGAGGACGAGGAAGACAAUGAGGAGGAGGAGGAAGAGGCGGAGAAGGAAGAGGAAGAUGAUGAAGAGGAAUCAGAAGAGGAGGAGGAGAGUAAGAAAAGAAGCUGGAUGGACAUCGAUGAGGUGCCCAAGAAGAAGAUCAAGAAGAAUCCAGAUGUGGACACAUCCUUUCUGCCAGAUCGCGAGCGAGAGGAGAGGGAGAACCGAUUGCGGGAGGAAUUGAGGCAGGAAUGGGUAGCUCAGCAGGCGGCGACGAAAGACCAGGAAAUCACCAUUACCUUCAGCUACUGGGACGGUUCUGGACACAGACGCAGUGUGACUAUGAAGAAAGGACACUCCAUUUACCAAUUCCUGCAGAAGUGCCUCGAGUUGUUGCGGAAGGAAUUCAGCGAACUGAAAACCGUAAUGGCAGAUCAGCUUAUGUACGUCAAAGAAGAUCUCAUUCUGCCUCAUCAUUACACCUUCUACGACUUCAUUGUGACGAAGGCGAGAGGCAAGAGUGGACCGUUGUUCCAGUUUGACGUCCAUGAUGACAUCCGCAUGAUCAGCGAUGCGACAAUCGAGAAAGAGGAGUCGCACGCAGGAAAAGUCCUGCUCAGAUCGUGGUACGAGAGGAAUAAGCACAUCUUCCCGGCCAGCAGAUGGGAGCCGUACGAUCCUACAAAGACCUACGAUAAGUAUACCAUCAAGGAUAAGAAAUCCAAGUGAGUUUCCCCGUGCUGAUUGAUAAAUUGUAAAAUUGUGUGUAAUUUGAAAUAGUGAUAAUAAGAAGAAAAGGAACGGAA